AUGGCUACCAACCCCUCCCAACUCCUGCCGUCGGAGUUGGUGGACAAGUGCGUAGGAUCGAGGAUUUGGGUGAUCAUGAAGGGCGAGAAGGAGAUGGUUGGUACUCUCAGGGGCUUUGACGUGUAUGUGAACAUGGUGCUGGAGGAUGUGAUUGAGUAUGAGAUGACCCCAGAGGGCAGGCGCGAGACAAAGCUAGAUCAGAUUCUUCUCAACGGGAACAACAUCGCGCUGUUAGUACCGGGGGGCAUGCCUGAAGACACAGCGUGA